CCCAAAAAUUACCCAUGGGCAUUUUUCUCCCCAUUGGUGAGAGUGCUCUAAUGUCCUAUUGAGCAAUCAACUCUCUCCUUAAUUCAACCGUCCUAAUGUCCUAUACUCCUUCCUAGCUUCCUAUUUAUUACUUGUACUAUCUGUUUCAAUUGGGAACCACUUUAGAAACCCUAGAAACACGAAUUGGGGAAGAACUGAGAGAGUUAGGGUUUCCAAUUCACCGCAAAAUGAAUCAGGAGACGCCGAGUAAGAAGGUGACAGAGGUAGAUUGGUCGGAACUCCCUAAAGAAUUGCUCGGAGAAAUCGCCAAAUGCUUUCCCGAAUUCAGCGACGAUUACCGGCAUUUUCGAGGAGUUUGCAAAAAUUGGCGUGAAUCUUGCACUUCUCCAUUCACCAUCUUUCUUCCUGGAUUUCCCCUCAAAAUUCCUACUUAUUUAGGUAAAACUGUUGUUUUAAUUACAAGUUUCGUCUACAUUCUAAGACGUCCGAUUCAUAAACCCAGUUCCAUUGCCUGGAUUAUUCAAGUUGAUGAUUUGAAGCCUAAUAAGCUUCAAGUUCGCCAUCCUAUUACUAAUAAUCGCCUCGAUAUUAGUAAUCUUCCUGAAUCCUUUAAAUUGAAUGAUUAUUCUCCCGAGCCUUAUGAUAUGAGCUAUAAACUUCGUUUUGUUGAUGGUGAUGAUGAUUUAUUUGAUUCUAGAAUUUACAAUUGGCGAAAUUAUCCUGUUAAGACUAAAUCUAUAUUGUUGGAAGCCGGUGUUGUGGUAGUUUUGUCGCUCGGUCAAGGGGGGAUGUUGGGGCUUAUGAGGACUAAUGGGGAAUGGAAGUUUACGAGUUUAGGUUAUAAUCCUCGAUUCGAUGAUAUCGAGAAGUUUAAGGGAAAUGUUUGUGCUUUAACUCGAUAUGGGAAAGCUUUCCUUAUCAAUGGUGAUGAUGGAAAGGUGAUUGAAGUGAUAAGUGAGCCGCUUGAUUCGAGUGAGGUAGGUGAUAGGCGCAAGCUUUUGAUGGAGUAUGAUGAUGAGCUGUACAUGAUUGGUCGAGGGGAUACCGAGUUUAAGGUGUUUAAGUUGAAUGAGGAGUUGCACAAGUGGGAGAGAGUUACUACUUUUGGAGAUCAGAUAUUGUUUGUGUCUUAUGAUAAGUGUUUCUUUGUUGAAGCGGAUUAUCUUCCGGUUUGGGAAAGGGAUUGUAUACUGUUCCCUAAGCAUUGCUUUCCUAAUAAUGCUGGAGAUUACGUUGUUGAUGGAGGAUUGUUUCAAGGAGCAACAAGGCACCUCGAGAUUGGUGUGUUCAGUAUGGUUGAGAACUCUUUUCAGCCUAUAUCAUUUUACCCGGAUUUGUGUAAAUUGUUUUGGCCUAUUCCUUCUUGGAUCUUGUCAGACGCGAGCUCCUCAUCUAGUUUGUGUAGCAAAAAUGCAAACAUUUUGACACCUCCGGCCAGUUCGAGUGGCUCAGAUGGGGAUUCUGAGGAGGAUGAGGGACAAAAUGGUUCAGAGCCUGAGGAGGAUGAGGAACAAAGUGGUUCAGAGUCUGAGGAGGAUGAGGAACAACAUGGUUUAGAGCCUGAGGAAAAUGAGGAACAAAGUGGUUCAGAGUCUAGCUCAGAGGAAGAAAGUGAUUCAGAGUCUAGCUCACAGCAUGGGGAGAACGAGUCAGCAGUUGAGGAAUCUUCUUCACCCUUGGACCAAAUAAACACAUCUCUAGAAGAGGUCUCAGGUGAGAACAAUGGCACAUCAGUUUCAGCAAUGAAUUCGCCUCACCAGGGACCUGUUAAGGGAGUUUCACCUUUUGGAAUUGCACUUUAAAGAAAGAGCCUCUAAUGCAGUAGCGGAUUUAGUAGCUAAGGAUGCUAGAUGUAACUUGGAGGCCAUGAACCAAUUAUGUAUUUUGUAUCACCCACCUCCUGUUUGUAGCGAAGCUUUUGUGACAGACUAUAACUUGGGGUCUGUAAAUCAUAACUCUAAUUUUGCUGGUGAUGUCCCAGCGAAUACUCUAUGCUAGAUGUAACUUGGAGGUCAUGAACCAAUUGUGUAUUUUGUAUCACCCACCUCCUGUUUGUUGUAGUGAAGCUUUUGCGAAAGACUGUAACUUGGCGUCUGUAAACCAUAACUCUAACUUAGCUGUUGAUGUCCCAGCUAAUACUCCUAAUGUAAUUAACGCUUAAUCUAUGCAUCCAACAUCCUUUCUUGAAAAAAAAAAAAA